GAGGAUUCGCUGGUGGUCACCCACCCAACUACUAACUCACCGGCGUGUGGCUUGAGUACGGCUGAGCGGACGGGAAGCCCUAUUUUCCACACCCUAUGGUCUGAGGAUUCGCUGGUGGUCACCCACCCAACUACUAACUCACCGGCGUGUGGCUUAAGUACGGCUGAGCGGACGGGAAGCCCUGUUUUCCACACCCUAUGGUCGUAUGUACUGGUUAAAAUCAAUCAAAUGCUAUCGUUAACAUUGUCUCGGCUGUACCUCAAUGAAUCGAUACGAGCAGUCGAUAAAAGCUCCUGGCUAAUCUCGAACACGCUUCUUCUGACUCGGUCGUCAGCGCCAGUCCCGGACGAGCAUGCUGGAGCGGCAGCAAUAGGGGGCAUUUCAUCCUCUCCACUGCACCUAGGCUUCUCCCAGAUUCUAAGCCUCUCGCAGAAGAUUCGUUGUCUAUUUCGAGAGUAUACGCAAUCGAUAAUUAAGCGGCUGUUUAGCGAGCAGGUGAAGCCCUCGUCAAGGCGCAUCCCAUGGACUAUCCCCAUUUUCUCAAAGACCGAAAGCCCUAGGGGUUUGAAUUUCCAUACGUAUACCAUCAUUUUGAGACUAGCUCGCGAUAUUUUCUCGUCUUCUCGAGGCUUUCCGGCCAGCUACCCGAGGAAGCUGGGCCUAACAUAG